AUGUCUGCUAGCAUUUCUAGGAAUACCGAAUCUGAAUCUUCUCCAAACAAGAAACGGCGUAGAGCCAGAUCAAGCAACUCUGUUCCAGCUGAGCCUGAAGCGGCAGAGAAAUGCCUGGUGACAGGAGACUUGGCGACUGAGUCUCCGGUCCAUCUCUGUCAUGUCUUCCAUGAGCGCUACUGGAGCAAUCACCCUAUGCUAUCGCAUCUCGAAUGGGCAUGGGGCAUGAAAUAUGACACCAUCCAGAUGGAUGGAGAAUCCAACACGAUACCACUCCGUCAGGACUGGCGCGAGUUGUUUGAAUCUGACAGGUGGGCUCUAAUGCCCUCAACUGAUAUAAUCGACAAGCUGUGGGAUCGUUGGGUCAAGUUUCCCCUCAGCAAGGGUAAUGUUCCAUCGAUCGAGGAUAUGUACGAUGGUGCGGAGACUUUUGAGUACCGUCUAGUGCCACUAUUCUCCAAUGUUCCUUCCAUCUCUCGUCGCCAAAAAACUGAAAAUGUCCCGGAAGGCGAGGAAUCCUCAGGCACCUUUGUCUAUUCGCAUCCAUUCGACACUCUGCCGCCCAUUUUCUCAAGAGUCAAGCCGCACUUCGUGGUAUGCGAUGCUGGCAGAAAAAUUGAAUCAAUCUUCUCUACAUCUUUCAAGAUCCAUCCCUUCAUCGCCCAUAUCUAUGGAGUCUCCAAGGAAAAGGCCGAAAAUGUGUUGAUAGUGGUGUAUGCAACAUAUUGCACGUGGAGCAAACACAUUCAACCUGCGACAUUUGUGACUUCACCUCGAAUAAACGAUUUGAGGUCGCGCUCUGGUCUUAUUAGGCCCGGCCAACCGAAUUGUGCAUCACAGGCUAGUCGUCCGAAGAAGCGAUGCAAAGCGACUGGCGACGUUAUCGAUGCGGUGUGCCCGCAGCCGAAAGUUGUUCGAUAUGCCACCUCCCUCUCGCGUGUCUCUCCAUGUGGAUCGGACGUUUUAAUUGUAGGGGAUUCUGAGUGGGAUACCGAAGCGGACGCGGAAUAUGAGAAGAAACAGCUCCACCGCGUAAUCAAAGCUGUGAAACGGUGGGUUCGGGAGUGUCAUCGGGAGGCUCUGUCAUCGGGCGGGUGGGUGUCUUGUUUCACCCACGAUGAACAGGUGAAGAGAUAUCGUCAAGAGCCGGCUCGAAAAAUGAUUUCGGCAAUGUAG